ACACGUCAUAAGAUCUCCCGUCCUUGUCACCGCAGCUCUGAAGUGAUGGACUGUGCUGUUCCCGUGGAGGUCGUCCCAAAACACAUAACCAAAACAACCGGAGCGGGCGGAGGGGUUACCUUACCGAGCCGCGAUAAGACCAAGGAGAUGCUUUAUAAGAGACACCGAUAGACGAUGUCUGGAAACAGCCUGCGUUUAAUGACCACAGAGAAGGAUUCAGCAGAACAUCUGUUCUUCUCUGAUGACAUAAUGGGUGUCUCACUCUCAGUUUGGCUGUACAGCAGGGCAGACAAAACCCAUUCCUCCUCUUCAUCAGCUUUCCAUCCACUGGCUGUCCCGACAUCGUCUCGCCUCGCUGUCACUCUGAACUCUUCUCCGGUUGGUCCAGGAGACAGUCGCUCAAAAUGGAGCUCGGUCCACUGCUCUCCACACUUCCUGCUCUCGGCCUGCAAACAGGAAGUGACACGUUCACCCGUUGAGAUGAGCAGUGAUGGGGUUAGGGCAGAGUUGGGGGUGAAGAAUGGGCUUCAUGUCUGGGAGGUGCUGUGGAGCCCCAACCACAGAGGUACUCAUGCUGUCAUAGGCAUUUCCAGGCAGAGCUGCCCUCUGCAGGCCUCAGGGUACAAUGUGCUGAUUGGUGGAGACACACAGUCCUGGGGCUGGGAACUUAAAACCAAUCAGCUCUGGCAUGCUGGACAGAGUCUGGGGCUUUACCCAGGAAAGAGGAGGAGGUGCCACUCUGAGGCUGUGACACAAUCUUUAACUUCAUCACACGCAAAGGUGGCACAGACACCUCUCCCCAUCCCUGAGCGCAUCCUGCUGGUCUUGGACACCGACGCAGGGACUCUGGGAUUCGUUGUUGAUGGCAGCUUCCUUGGCGUAGCUUUCAAAGACCUCCCUCGUGGAGUGGAGCUGUUCCCAGCAGUAAGCAGUGUGAGAGGAGGAGCCAGCAUACAACUACGAUACCUGAACGGUGCCACACGUGAUCCCCCUGCCCUGAAGGCUUUAUGUGGACUGUCAGUUCGGCAGUGUUUAGGGCAACAGAGGCUGAAUCAAACGGACAAACUCCCUCUUGCCCCUCGUCUCAAGGACUACCUGCUUUCUUCUCACAAGUGUACACUUACAGUUAAUACAUACAAACAUAAACAAUAGGAAAUAUUUAAUCACUGAAGUGUACCAAGAAUUAUAUUGUAAUAUAAUACUUAUAUAAUAACAUAUUAUUUAUUCCAGC